GACGUACCGUUAGACGCCAUAUUGGCAGUUUAGUGCUGCUUUGCUAGGGGUUAGCGAUGUGUGUUUAACCGUCUACGGUGUUUUUUAAUUAAUAAUAACCACGAUUAUUUAUAAUAAAUAAUUUGUGAUGAGUUGUGUUGUUUAUUGUGUCGAAAUAAAGUGUCGAUGGUUUUAAAUAUCGCGGGUAUUUACGACUAUUGUCGAUUGUCACAUCAAAGUUCUAUUGGCGGUGCAGAUGUUCUGUUUCUUUCGAGUGAAAUCCCAUGUGCCAUGGCGGGAAUUUUAGAAAAUUAAACCAAUCAAGAUAUCUGACCUAUCGGCUAUGGCAGCUAUCGUGGAAAUGGGGGAGGUUGAAGACAUUCAUUCCAAAGAAGAAGGUAACAUCAUUAUGAAUGGUGAUUUAUCGAAUAAUGUAGAUAUGGAAAAUCAAGUUAGUCAAGAUAGUGUUAAAAAAAGCGCGGUUCCUCUCGAACCAAUAGACACAGAUGAUAACAGUGAUACCAAAGAAAAAGAAGAAACUGAAGACAGUAACGAAGAUGAAAUAGAAGACGACGACGACGAAGAAGAAGAUAGAGAAGAAGAAAUCGUUAAUAACGUCGAACGAAUUCCCGUAGAAAACAAUCCUUCGCCAGUAGGCGAAGAUGAAGCUCCGAUGGAAGUUCAUGAAAUUAACGAGAGUCAAUCGGAGGAAAACGAAGUUCGAUCUGAAGAAUUGGUUGAUGAUAGUAGCCAAGAAACAAAAGCCAGUGAAGAACAAACUGAAGACGAGGAAAUGGCGGAAAAAAUAACUGAAGAAAAUGAUAAAACGAAUGACGAUAACAGUCGACAAGUCGACGAGAAUAGCAAACAGAGUACUGAAGGAUCAGAAACGUCUGUAAAAAAAUUCGAGGAGGAUUUCGUUAAAGACAAAGUUGUCGAAAUACACGAAAUCGAUUCGGAUGACGACGAUGACGAAGCAAACAAAAUCGGUGAUCCGAUCGAAUUGAACGACUCGGGAGGUGAAGACGGCGACGUUGUGAUCGUUGAUGCACCAAAAGAGAACGGAACGUCAGAAGUUAUAGAUUUGGAGACGCCGGAGAAGAAAAUUAAGGAGAAAAAACCAUUUGAAGCAGUCACUCCAAGGAGGAGUUCGAGGAAUUUGAAUAAAACUAAAAGUUACGCGGAAAGCGAUAAGGAAGACACAGAUACGGGGAAAGUGAAAAAAUACGAAAAAGAAAAAAUGAUGAUGAUGAUGAGGGGGGUGGAGGAACGUUUACCGAUGCCGACGACACCGUCGACGGCCGUUGCGGCCGCCGCAGCGGCGGCGGCGGCGGCAUCGGCUUCCGAAGAAUCGGACAUAGAAGAAAUUUUACCUCAAGAUCCUUUGGCGUGUAACGAUUCGAUAACAGUCGAAAGGAUACCGUCGGAUAAAUCGAAAAGUACGAUAAAGAAAACUCCAAUAGUCGUUAACGAUACCAAAAGACUAGUAGAAAUAGCGACCAAGAGUAAUUGUAACAGUAACAAUAUUCCUCAGGGUACUAAAAAAGAACCUACCUUAGUUAUAAUAGAUACAAAUUCUAUUUUAUCGGGUCGGGGACCGAUACCUGUAAAUAAAAAUUCCGCCGCCUCCAACGCGAACAAUCCCAUAUCGAACGCGACGUCCUCUUAUCAGACCGUACUGCCGAUGGCGUUGCCCGCGCAAGGGAUGUACCCGCCGAAUAUGCGAGCAACUAUCACCCCUAUACCCGUUAAUCAGCCGCCGAUUUUAACCGCCGCCUCUCAAUCGGCUAAAUUGUCGCCGGCGACUAUAACUCCCGCCCAAACGAAUCCUCUCUUACCGAGUUUGACGGACGAUAUGUUCGUCGUCGAAGCGCCAUCUUUUAUCGUACCGUACGUUUACGAAAAACCGCCCGUUAAGGAUUUCAAGGAAUUCGUCAAGGAGAUCGAACAACAAAUCAAGGAGAAGGAUAAGAAACGGGACGGAGAUGGCGAUAAGAAGAAGAAGCAGAAGAAGGACGACGACGAGGACGAUGACGACGAUAGCGACGAUGACGAUAAGACGCAAGCCGUCGAGGAACAUCUCAAGAAAGAGGCGAAAACUGACCCGAAUUACGUACCGGAAACGAAAAAGGACCUCGACGACGCCAAAAAGCCUUACUCUUAUUUCGAUAGCCCUUUAGGAAAAUUCUUCAUAAACAUAGGAUUCAAUUUAGUACAAGAAUACGUUCAAACCGAUCUAUUGAAACAACAGAAACGCAAACACAGUCGAGAAGGUGGUUCGAAUCCGGAAACGGAAAAAACGAUAAAAUCUCUAGUGAAAAAUUUGGCUUACAGCAAAGAGAAUAACGAACCGUUUAAAACGCCGUUGAAAAAAUGCGAAUUUUGUAAUUUCAAAACGGAAUCGUCGUUGGCGAUGUCCUAUCAUUUGGAAACGCCGCACAUGAAAAAUUUCGUUUACAAAUGUAAUUUUUGUCCUUACGAAAUCCGUAGUCCUCACGAUAUCCUUUUCCAUAUGGAAGCAGAACACGCGGUGAGGGGUCAUCUCGAGAGGGCGCCUGCAUUCCACCAGUGUCCAAAUUGUCCCUUCGAAGAUAAUCAAAAAGGUAAAUUGUCGCGCCACCUGGUGACGUGUAUGAAAAAAUUCAAAGCGGAAAGGAAUUUAGAACCGCCCGUCGAUUGGGAACCGCCGGCGAAAAUACCGAGAGUGCCUAAAAUGCGACAACAAGGUUUGAACGCUACGGCGGCGGCUUACCAGGCUCUGUCGAAGAAUACGCAAUUCCAAUUCCUUUCCAAGAUGCAAUUGCAGAGCGCCCAAAACGCCCUCAACAGGGGUAGAGGUCGACCUACUUUGGGCGGUAACGUCAAUAUCAAACCGCAGGGGGCGUUGGUACGACCGCCCGGAAUGGUAUUCAAACAACAAACCAUGUCCGGUGGAUCGGUAUUAGUACCGACGAAUUACCAACUCAGCGGUAAUCAAGUUUUCCAGGUGGUGGGAGGACAAGAUAUAAGCGGUCGGCUUGGUAAUUCCGGCCACGUCUUUGUCCCCAACGUACCUUCCGCCUCUAGCACAUCGUCGGCCCUUCAGAAUCAAUCUUCUAGUAAAAAACCCGCUCAACAGCCGAGCAUAUCGAUAACGCCCCUACCUCGCAACACGUCCUCGUCGUCGUCGACGACGUCCGUCACCCCGGUAUCGUCGGGGGGCGCCAAACCUGGCGACACCACCUCCAAAAAUUCCUUCGUAAUAUGCGAAAUAUGCGACGGUUACAUCAAGGAUCUCGAGCAGCUCAGAAAUCACAUGCAAUGGAUACACAAAAUCAAGAUACACCCGAAAAUGAUAUACAAUAGGCCGCCGUUGAAUUGCCAAAAGUGUCAGUUUAGGUUCUUUACCGAUCAAGGUUUGGAAAGGCAUCUGUUGGGUUCGCACGGAUUGGUUACGUCCAGUAUGCAGGACGCUGCCAAUAAGAGCAAGGAUUCCGGAAGGUGUCCCGUUUGUGGAAGGGUAUACCAAUGGAAAUUAUUGAAUCACGUAGCCAGAGAUCACAGUAUGACGUUAAAACCGGCUCACCUUUCUUAUAAAUGUACAGUGUGUACGGCGACGUUCGGUAUGUACAAACAAUUCGAAAAUCACGUAUACUCAGCCCACAGCGUAGUCGCCAAAAGAGUGAUGGACAAAAAGGGCACGACAACAACAACAGCUAAUACGAAAUCUUCUUCGGGAUCUUCGGCCGAUCAAUUGAAACCAUUGAAGAUCAACGACGAAAUUACGAUUAUACCCCAACCGGCUAAAUCUUCAUCGGCGAACGGUAAAGAAGAAAAAAGUUCCCCUGGUACUAGUAAAAGUAGGUAAACGGACGAAGGAGUUAUUCAAAUAUUUAAAAAAAAGUGUUGAUGAACAAACAGAUUAUUAUUAUUAUUAUUAUUAUAUGUCAUAUAAUGGAUUUUUUUUUAUUAAUUAAUUAAUUGAUUGAUUAAAUUUAAUAUAAUUAUUUAUCGUAGUAUGAACGAUUUAUUUUAUUUUUUUCUAUUUUUCUCAUAAAGUUUCCUUUGAUUGGAGGUGAAUUACUAAAUGAAGAAAAUUGUUUCGAUUUUGUAUAAUUUUGUCUUGAAUAUUCGCUAUUUUUGAUAUUUGUAGUGGAUUCGCUCGAAAAGUAGGCGUAGUCUGUUCUUAUUCAUCAAUUCAUCAGUAAAAUGAUUUUGUUUUUAAUUCUGUCAGGUUUUUUCCCAAGAAUUGAACCCUUAUUGAGUAAGGUACUUUUUGGAUAAUUCCGGCAGCAUUUUUUACAAAAAUUAAACUUUCAUACAUUAGAAUGUCCGUUUUUGUUUUAAUAAUUUACCUUCAAUUUAAUUAUUUUUGCAACAAAAUUCGAAAAAUCCGAGCUCUUCAGGGAUAUUGUUUUAAUUCUGAUUAUUUUAUUGUAACUUUCAUUAAAAUAUUCGCCAUUU